AUGGCCGAUUUCCAUCCCGAGCUUCAGGGCAAGCUGGACGACCUGCGGCGCGAGUUGGAGGGUAAGCGAGCCCUGAACGCCUCCAGGGACCCGGGAAUCCUACCCAGCAAAACAUCAUCAGCCAUCUCGACCGCUUCACCAAUCUCCUCUCUUGAUGCUGACAUUCUCCCCCUCGCCCCUAGCUACCAGAAGAAACGGACAUUACUGCUCUCUCAGUAUGGCUAUAGCGAACCCAGCCCGCCAGCUCGUGGCCCUACCAUCCAGGAGCCUCCUCCCCCUCGGUCCGGCUUGCGUAAUCAUCAACCUGAUGACAACCCGCCCCAUCCAAGCCACGACGACCGCCGACGCAGUUUUGUGGCGGAAAAUAGCCCUGAUCCCGGGUCACCGAUAUACCGACCAAACUCGGGCUACGGCAUUCCUCCGACAGCUUCACAAGUCGCCGAGACGACACCCGCCAGCCUGCUGCGGCCUGGCGGUCCUAUAGCUGAACAAUCUGUUGCCCUGCAGCGCGAUUCGCUUUUUCUCACGGCGACAACUGCAUCCAGCGACGACCCUUCGCGGAGCGGAACUAUGGUUUCCAGGGAUUAUGCUUUCAAUCCCGACCAGCAAGGUGCCUACGUGGGUGCAGGGCACCAACAGCAACACCACCAGUCACAUCACCGGCAGCAGUUUGAUGGCAGAACUCGAACGUUGCAGGACUCCCAGGGCUAUUUUUCCGACUUUGCAGGUCAGCAGCCUUACGAUCAGACUCAGUCCGGAGGAGAGUACGGUGCACCCCAAAGAUAUUCAUCUGGAGAGGCUUUCUCUCCCACAGCCGCAAUCCCCCCUCCCAUGCUCACGGCCAACGACCUUCCACCGGCAGAAGUAUUAGAGUAUUUACAACCGCUUGAGCCCCGAGAGGUGCCGUUUGCCAUUCACGACCCGCACGACGCCAACAUUACCAUGUCCCGUUUCGACAACCUGGCUGCCGUCUUGCGACACCGCGCUCGCACUACAGCCAAGGUCCCGGCUUACUGGGUUCUUGAUAGCAAGGGCAAGGAAAUUGCUUCCAUUACUUGGGACAAGUUUGCUUCUAGGGCAGAAAAGGUUGCUCAAGUCAUAAGAGAUAAGAGCUCGCUGUACCGUGGCGAUCGAGUUGCUCUUGUUUACCGCGAUAGCGAAAUAAUUGACUUUGCUAUUGCGUUGAUGGGUUGCUUCAUUGCAGGAGUGGUUGCUGUACCAAUAAACGAUUUGCAAGACUAUCAGCGACUCAACUACAUCCUGACCUCGACACAGGCACACCUAGCCUUAACAACGGAUAACAACCUCAAGACAUUCCAAAGAGACAUCACGACACAAAAACUGACUUGGCCAAAGGGAGUUGAGUGGUGGAAGACUAAUGAAUUUGGUAGCUAUCAUCCUAAGAAGAAAGAGGAUGUACCCGCACUCUCGGUCCCUGACUUGGCGUACAUUGAAUUUUCGCGAGCCCCGACUGGAGACUUGAGAGGCGUCGUGCUGAGUCAUCGCACUAUCAUGCAUCAGAUGGCCUGCUUGAGCGCAAUUAUAUCGACAAUCCCAGGCAACGAAUCAAGGGACACGUUUAGUCCGUCCUUGCGAGAUAAAAAUGGCCUCCUCAUUGGCAGUAGGAAGGCUGACAGCGAAACUCUACUCUCCUACUUGGAACCUCGUCAAGGCAUUGGCAUGAUCUUUGGGGUUUUGCUGACAGUGUACGGCGGCCAUACGACGGUGUGGUUUGACAACAAGGCCGUGGACGUUCCUGGCCUUUACGCGCAUCUCAUUACAAGAUACAAAGCAACCAUCAUGGUGGCAGAUUACCCUGGUUUGAAGCGAGCAGCAUACAACUAUCAGCAGGAUCCUUUGACGACACGGAAUUUUAAAAAGGGCAUGGAACCCAACUUCCAAGCUGUGAAACUGUGUUUAAUUGAUACCCUUACAGUUGACGGAGAAUUUCACGAGAUUUUGGCCGACAGAUGGUUGCGCCCACUGAGAAAUGCCAGAGCUCGACAGGUUGUUGCACCUAUGCUGUGCCUACCGGAGCAUGGCGGAAUGGUGGUUAGUGUGAGAGAUUGGCUUGGGGGCGAGGAACGUAUGGGUGUCCCGCUCAAGCUAGAACACGAGCCCGCCUCGGAGUCUGAUUCGGAGGAUGACGGCGAAACUGCUCAGCCCGUCCCUUCAAACGGGUUUGGGAGCUUGCUGGGCGGCGGGACAACGACCACAACAGAGACGAAUACCGGCAAUACAGAAAUGAACGAGGUGCUCCUAGAUCGCGAGGCCCUCAAAACAAACGAGGUGGUUGUUAUGGCAUAUGGCGACGAAGUGGGCAAAAGGGCACCGAACGAACCGGGCAUGGUGAGAGUCGGCACAUUUGGGUAUCCUAUACCAGACGCUACCCUAUCUGUUGUUGACCCCGAGACCGGUCUUCUCGCCUCCCCCCACAUGAUUGGUGAGAUUUGGAUCGACUCGCCGUCUUUGUCUGGGGGGUUUUGGUCUCAGCCAAAGAGCACCGAGCUUAUUUUCCACGCACGACCAUAUAAGUUCGAACCAGGAGAGCCCACUCCAACGCCCGUGGAGCCCGAAUUUCUGCGGACAGGUCUGCUUGGUACCGUCAUCGAAGGCAAGAUAUUUAUUCUGGGACUCUACGAGGAUCGCAUCCGACAGAAGGUAGAGUGGGUAGAACACGGCCACGAAAUAGCCGAGUAUCGAUACUUCUUUGUGCAGCACAUGGUUGUGAGCAUCGUCAAAAAUGUCCCCAAGAUUUACGACUGCUCUGCCUUCGACGUCUUUGUCAACGAUGAACACCUCCCCGUCGUUGUGGUGGAAUCCGCGGCGGCGUCCACCGCUCCUCUUACCUCGGGAGGCCCUCCCAGGCAACCCGACACCGCGUUGCUCGACUCCCUGGCCGAGAGGUGUAUGGAAGUACUGAUGGAAGAGCACCAUCUCAGACUCUACUGUGUUAUGAUCACUGCUCCCAACUCCUUACCACGUGUUAUCAAGAACGGAAGACGCGAGAUUGGGAACAUGCUUUGCCGUCGAGAAUACGACCUGGGCAAUUUACCCUGUGUUCAUGUGAAGUUUGGCGUCGAGCAUGCCGUGCUCAACCUGCCGAUCGGGGUUGACCCGAUAGGAGGCAUUUGGUCCCAAAUCGCGUCAGAAUCGCGGGCCAAUAUUCUAGCCCCAGCAGACAAACAAUAUUCGGGUAUCGACCGAAGGGAAGUUGUCAUUGACGACCGAACGUCCACGCCUCUUAACAACUUUGCCUGCAUCUCAGAUCUCAUUCAGUGGCGUGUCGCUCGUCAACCGGAAGAGCUCUCGUAUUGUACGAUUGAUGGUCGAGGUAGAGAAGGCAAGGGCGUCACUUGGCGCAAGUUUGAUCAAAGGGUUGCUGCUGUCGCAAUGUAUUUGAAGAAUAAGGUCAAGGUACGACCCGGAGAUCAUGUUGUGCUUAUGUACACACACUCCGAGGAGUUUGUCUUUGCCGUUCACGCUUGUAUCAACUUGGGUGCGGUCGUCAUUCCCAUGGCACCACUGGAUCAGAAUCGUCUCAACGAGGAUGUGCCCGCAUUCCUCCACAUUGUUGCUGAUUACCAUGUGAAGGCCGUGCUGGUCAAUCAUGAGGUGGAUCAUUUGAUCAAGCUCAAGCCUGUUUCGAGUCACAUCAAGCAGUCGGCCCAAAUUCUCAAAAUUGCCAUUCCAAAUGUUUACAACACCACCAAACCACCCAAGCAGAACAACGGUCUUCGUGAUUUGGGAUUGACAAUUGAUCCAGCAUGGGUUCGGCCUGGAUACCCUGUGCUUAUUUGGACGUACUGGACGCCGGACCAGCGGAGAAUAGCGGUUCAGCUGGGACACGACACCCUAAUGGGGAUGUGCAAGGUCCAAAAGGAGACGUGCCAGAUGUCCAGUUCACGCCCAGUUCUCGGAUGUGUGCGAAGCACGACGGGACUGGGUUUUGUCCACACCUGUCUCAUGGGCAUCUAUAUCGGAACACCCACCUACCUGCUCUCUCCUGUCGAAUUUGCCCAGAACCCCAUGUCCUUGUUCGUCACAUUGUCACGAUACAAGAUUAAGGAUACGUACGCAACCCCGCAGAUGUUGGAUCAUGCCAUGGCCGCGAUGCAUGCAAAAGGCUUUGCUCUGCACGAGCUGAAGAACAUGAUGAUCACUUCCGACAGUCGUCCUCGAGUCGAUGUUUUCCAAAGGGUGCGAAUGCACUUUGCACCAACCGGACUCGACAGAACAGCGAUCAACACGGUUUACUCACAUGUUUUGAACCCAAUGAUUGCAUCAAGAUCAUACAUGUGCAUCGAGCCCAUCGAGAUUUGGCUGGACACUAAAGCGCUUCGCCGAGGUUUGGUAGUCCCUGUGGACCCCGAGGCAAAUCCCAGGGCCCUUCUUGUGCAGGACUCGGGCAUGGUUCCGGUUUCAACACAAAUUGCAAUCGUGAAUCCAGAGAAUCGCAUGCAUUGCUACGACGGAGAACACGGCGAAAUAUGGGUCGACUCCGAGGCUUGUGUAAAGUCCUUUUACGGAUCAAAAGAUGCCUUUGAUGCCGAGAGAUUUGACGGACGCACCAUUGAUGGUGAUCCAAAUGUAGCUUACGUCCGAACCGGUGACCUUGGAUUCCUGCAUAACGUGAGCCGGCCUAUUGGGCCGGGGGGAGCCCUGGUUGACAUGCAAGUUCUUUUCGUGCUGGGCAGCAUUGGGGAGACGUUUGAAAUCAAUGGUCUCAGCCAUUUCCCCAUGGAUAUCGAGUACUCGGUUGAACGUUCCCAUCGCAAUAUUGUCCCUGGCGGCUGCGCAGUGUUCCAGGCUGGCGGUCUUGUUGUUGUUCUUGUUGAAGUUAGUAGAAAGCCUUACCUGGCGUCCAUCGUGCCCGUCAUUGUCAAUGCCAUUUUGAAUGAGCAUCAAAUCAUCGUCGACAUUGUGGCAUUCGUCAGCAAAGGUGAUUUUCCUCGCUCUCGGCUCGGUGAGAAGCAGCGAGGCAAGAUCCUUGCGGGAUGGGUGACUCGCAAGCUGCGUACGCUGGCGCAGUUUGCCAUUCGCGACCUCGACGUGAGCGCCCUGGGCGAGUCUGGCGGCGGCAGCGGCGCCGGCGAUCUUGCAGACGCCAGUCGCAUGUCCACAGGAAGCAUCCGCAGCGCAGGUGUACCUGCUGGAGCAUCAAGCUUACGAAAUGUCGAGCAUGCGCCACAAAUUUUGGAACAAGAAGAGCUGGAUGUCCAAAUGAACCGCAUGUCGCACAUCCCACCCGCUCCUGCUCCUGGAACCGCAUCCACGAUUACGCAUGACGAUCAAGUGACGCCGACACCAUAUACCCAGGAUGUAUCACCGGAUAUUCAUAGUCAAGGGACCGUGAACCGCGGAAUUGCGGGGCCGCCUGGGUAUUUUGACGAAACGCGGCAGGACGGCGAGUCCGCCUUUGACGACGACAAGGUCCCGGCUGUUGGACCGAAGCCGGACUCAUCAGGAGGUGAGGACCAGCUUAGCCCCUCCAAAAAACGAAUGGUCCUGCCGGGCGUGGAUGGUCGAGAAGGGUUUCAAUUUUGGGACACUCCCCAAGGAGAGGAUGACCAGACGGACUGGACGGCUGAUGCAAUCAUGCACAUGAAUCUUGCUGGGGACAUGGGCUCCAGAUGA